AGCGCGCGAAAAGCCGUUUGAGUUCAAAACUGAAGCGGCGCCAGCAGCACAGAUAAACUCGGCGACAAUAACACGCGAAUUGUUUCAUAUUUCACCUUUUCACGAGAAUGUCUUCAGCGAAAAAGCAGAUUUACUAUUCCGACAAAUAUUCAGACGAGCAAUAUGAAUACAGACACGUUAUGCUUCCCAAACAGCUUUCCAAACUGGUUCCUUCCUCCCAUCUAAUGUCAGAGGACGAAUGGAGAGGACUUGGAGUCCAGCAAAGUCAGGGCUGGAUCCAUUACAUGAUCCACAAACCUGAACCUCACAUUCUGCUAUUCCGAAGACCACUUCCCAAAGAAUGAGAGGAAGUCGGACGAUUAUCAUCGGAAGUUAAAAUAUGUGGUCCACCCAGGCCAUGCGUGCAUUUCUUUCCAUACAUUAUGAUUUGUAUGUAAGUUUUAUUAUUUGCAGAUCUAUGGUCAUGAAAUGUUACUCCUCGUCCCCCAUCCCCUUAAAUUCGGUGGUAUGAUGGCAGCAGGAGCUUGGAGGAACAGGCUGCCUCCUCCAAAUCUGUUCAGAAGUGUUUUCUUUAAAUCUACACUGAAGUCAUUUAAGAUAAGUUGGAUGGUACUACAGAUCUAGUAAUUGGCCCUGUCGUUUAUAGAAGGAAUAAUUUUGAGUGGCAUUUUUAUUUUAUUUUUUGUACACUACAAUGUUUUCCAUUACACAACUGCUGUAGUUAACAUGUCCACCUUGUAAAGUUGAUGAGUAAACACUUGUUUGUUCCUCAUUUGUUGUUGACAAAUCAAUAAAUAUUAUUUUUAUUAGCUUACUUGAAUCCUCAUUUGUAAUCAGCAUGUGACAUUAAUCAAUAUAACACUGAUCAAUAUUUGCUCUUCAUACAGUAACAUAUUUCUUAUGUAUACACUAAGAUAUUCUAACAUCUAUUAAGGCAAAACAUUUCAGAUGUUGAUCAACAGGGAUCACACUCGGCAAGCACCAAAUGAGUUAUUAUUUGCAUUGGCAAAUACAUAAAAAAAUGUACAGUAUUAACUCAUCGGCAACAUGUUACUUUAUAAGGAACUGCAACAUAAAUGGGUGAUUCUCAUGAAACCUGUCAAGAAAAUGUCCUGGUCCUGUUUUACUCUAAAACCUAAAUUAACUUGAGAGCUUUUUUUGGGCUAAUUUUUACAUUGUGCUGUUAUUUUCAUGACAGUUCCACACAUUUUACCCACCAAUUCUUAUUAAUGCAAUGUGA